GUUCACUUAACUCUGAGAUGCAAAUAAAAAGCUCUGCAACUCCAAGAGAAAGUGCUUCAAUUAUUUCAAUCGAAUUGCCGCCGCAGUUCUGAUCAAAAUGCUGAAGUUGCCGCGGCGGAAACGCUCGCCGGCGGCAACGAAUCAGGAGAACGCGAAUGAUGUAGCGAAUAUUGACAAUGACGAGACGGCGGCGGGGGUGAGAAAGGCGGCGGAAGCGAAAGUGGUGCUCUGUGUUUCCGGCAUGACUUGCUCUGCUUGCGCUGUUUCAGUAGAGAAUUCCAUCAAACAUCUUCCAGGCAUUCUCGAUGCUGCUAUCGAUUUCUUGAACGAUAGGGCUCAAAUCCGCUAUCUCCCCAAUCUCAUCGAUGAAGAUUCAAUAGUUAAAGCAAUUGAAAAUGCUGGAUUUCAAGCUACGAUAUCGAAGGACAGCGCCGAUCAUCGAUCGAGAGAAGUAUGUCGAAUCCGAGUAAAUGGGAUGGGCUGCAAUUCUUGCUCUUCCAUGGUAGAAUCAGUUUUGGAAGAAAUGUACGGCGUCCAAAAGACUCACAUUGCUCUCUUCAAUGGGGAAGCAGAAGUUCACUAUGAUCCAAAGGUCGUUAACUCCACUCAGUUCAUUGUAGCCAUACAAGACAUUGGCUUUGAUGCCUUACUUAUAACCAUUGGCGAACACAUUAGCAAGAUUGAGCUCAAGAUCGAUGGCAUGCAUAACGAAAACUCAUCGACAAAAGUUAAAGAAUCGCUUGAAUCGGUUGUCGGAAUCGAAGAUGUCGAUAUCGACAUGGGAUUGACCAAAGUUACCAUAUCUUACAAGCCUGAUAUAACAGGACCAAGAACUUUCAUUGAAGUGAUCGAGUCGAUCAAAUCCGAGCAUUUCAAGGCCACGAUAUAUCCCGCAAAUGUGGGUCGAGAAAAUCGUAAGGAGAAAGAAAUUAAACAGCACUAUAAGUACUUCUUAUGGAGCUCAGCUCUUUCUGUUCCUGUUUUCUUAACAUCCAUGGUGUUUAUGUAUAUACCUGGAAUUAAGCAGAUUUUGGAUAUCAAAGUAGUCAAUAUGAUGAAUGUUGGACAUCUUAUCAAGUGGAAUUUGUCCACUCCUGUCCAGUUCAUCAUAGGUUCAAGAUUCUACAUUGGAUCAUACAAAGCAUUGCGCCGUGGUUCUGCCAACAUGGAUGUAUUGAUCACUUUGGGAACCAAUGCAGCUUAUUUCUAUUCUGUUUAUAUUGUUCUAAGAGCAGCUACUUCCCCUGCUUUUGAUGGGACAGAUUUCUUUGAGACUAGCUCAAUGCUGAUCACUUUCAUUCUACUUGGUAAGUAUUUGGAGAUUCUAGCUAAAGGAAAGACCUCUGAGGCCAUUGCUAAGCUUAAGCACUUGGCGCCCGAGACCGCGACGCUCUUGACUCUAGAUGGCCAUGGAAAUGUGAUAAGUGAAGUAGAAAUCAGCGGUGAGCUGAUUCAGAAGAAUGAUGUUAUUAAGAUUACGCCUGGUGCGAAGGUAGCUUCCGAUGGCCUCGUCGUCUGGGGCGAAAGUCAUGUCAAUGAGAGUAUGAUUACCGGAGAAGCGAAACCGGUAGCGAAAAGGACAGGCGACAAGGUAAUAGGAGGAACUAUGAAUGAGAAUGGAGUGUUGCAUAUUAAGGCAACACAUGUUGGAUCAGAGAGUUCACUAGCGCAAAUCGUUCAACUCGUCGAAUCGUCUCAGUUGGCGAAAGCUCCUAUUCAGAAACUUGCAGACCAUAUCUCCAAGUAUUUUGUGCCUCUGGUAAUUUUGCUUUCUUUUCUCACUUGGAUUGCCUGGUUUUUAGCUGGAAAGUUGCAUUUGUAUCCUAAGUCCUGGUUGCCUUCUUCAAUGGACCGUUUUGAACUAGCUCUCCAAUUUGGGAUUUCUGUUAUGGUCAUAGCUUGCCCUUGUGCUCUUGGCCUUGCCACCCCGACCGCUGUGAUGGUCGGGACCGGUGUCGGUGCAUCUCAAGGUGUACUAAUCAAAGGCGGCCAAGCUUUAGAAUUUGCACAUAAGGCGAGCUGCAUUGUGUUUGAUAAGACAGGAACGCUAACAGUUGGAAAGCCAGUGGUUGUAAAUGUAAAACUAAUGGACACUAUAGUACUUGAAGAACUGCUUGAACUCACUGCUGCUACUGAGGUGAACAGUGAGCAUCCAAUAGCCAAGGCCAUUGUUGAAUAUGCUAAGCAAUUCAAGGAAGAUAACCCCAUUUGGCCUGAAGCUCAAGAGUUCAUAUCCAUUCCUGGACAUGGAGUGGAAGCCAUUGUAAGGAACAAGAAAGUUGUGGUUGGAAACAAGAGCUUGAUGAUGAACAAUGGCAUAGAAAUUCUUGGGGAAACGGAGAGCUUCCUUGUCGACGCCGAAGGUAUGGCGAAAACCGCGGUUUUGGUGGCCGUAGAUCGAACGGUGUCGGGAGUUAUCGUGGUGUCGGAUCCAUUGAAACCAGGAGCCAAAGAGGUGAUCUCCAUUCUCAAAUCUAUGGAAGUAAAGAGCAUAAUGGUAACAGGUGACAAUUGGGGGACUGCAAAUUCCAUUGCCAAAGAAGUUGGAAUAGAAACGGUCAUUGCAGAGGCCAAGCCUCAGCAGAAAGCAGAGGAAGUGAAGAAUCUUCAGACGGCCGGGCACACGGUGGCAAUGGUGGGAGACGGGAUCAAUGACUCGCCCGCCCUUGUAGCAGCCGAUGUCGGGAUGGCUAUCGGAGCUGGCACAGACAUCGCCAUUGAGGCAGCAGACAUUGUUCUUAUGAAAAAUGACUUACAAGAUGUUAUAACUGCCAUUCAUCUCUCAAGGAGAACUUUUGCUAGAAUUCGCCUCAAUUACAUUUGGGCUCUUGGUUAUAAUCUUCUUGCCAUUCCGAUUGCCGCAGGCGUCUUGUUCCCUUCAACACGGUUUCGGCUACCACCGUGGAUCGCCGGAGCUGCCAUGGCUGCUUCUUCUGUUAGUGUGGUAUGCAGUUCUUUGAUGUUGAAGAAGUACAAGAGACCAAAGAAGCUUGAUGAAAUUGAUAUUCAAAUGAAAGGAAUAAUAGUUCAAUGAUGUGUACAUUAGAUUAUAAAACGAAUAUUAUCAAGAUAUUUAUGAAAUAAGAGUUUGAAAUUCUCGUUGAA